AUGUCGCAUUUUGAAAGGCUGUUCGAACUUCUUCUCGAAAAGCAGCAAGAGGCUUCCGACCGACUCAAUCAAGAAAUUAUUCAAGAACGAUCCAUCCUUUGGAAUGAACAAAUUAUUCCGAAAAUUGAACAAUUAUUCAAUCAGAAUCGGGAAAAUCAUUUACAACAAUUUCUUCAGGAGCGAAAAGACGAUCCAUCCAAUAUUUCCCGAAACAAAAACGAGCAGCAGCAACACACCAUUUUGCGAGAUUUAUUUUCCAGAGAUGAAGAAAAGGAAUAUCGAAAGAGGGAAACCCAAAAUAUUAUUUUCAAUCAAUUCGGACCAAUAUUCGAUUUAAUUAAAAAGGAAAAUCAAUCACUGAGGACAUUUUCAAGUUUUAUUCCCAGAGGAGACUCUACAAAAUUAUUUCUAAAAAUUCCAACGAAACUUGACACGGAAAAUCAAAUUCAACAAAUAUUAGAAAAUGUGGAGAAUGAUAUGAAAAAGGAUUAUGUAAGGAAUGGACAACUGAAAGACUAUGAAAAUGCAAAAUUUUUAAUUUCAAAUUUGAAAGAAAGAAAUGUGGCAGAAAGUGUCUCCUCGCUAAAAGAAAUUCAAGAAAAAAUUGGAGAUGAAGAGGUCAUGGAAGAAUCAAUAUUUUCCCGUGACAUACAAAUGAGAAAGGUGAUGGAAGACUUUUGUCAUCUCAAAUUCAGAUUGAAAGUUGUAAAUCGUGCCCAGAAUUUACUUUACACGAGAAUCAAAAUGAGAUAUCAUUAUUCCUUUGAAAGAAUAUUGAAACAACCUAAAGAAAGGAUUUCCGUUGUUGCUUGGCUUCAAAGAGAAACAUUUUUGGAACAAUUUGAAAAUGAAAUUAGAAAUGUUUCGAGUAUGAAAAAACUAUACUCUCAAGAAUUUGAUAUUUCUCUCUAUUCUUCUGAUUCUAUUCAUGUAAACUCUAACUGUAUCAAAGAGUUGAACGCAAUUAUAGAGCUUGGAAAUGAAAAAAUUACAUCAAAAACUCUAGGUUAUUCGAUUUAUAUCCUUGCAAUGAUUUUGGGAAAUGUGAAGAUUAAGGAUGUCAAUCAUGUGACAAAUUCUCUUGCUUUUAUGUUUAGAAUAGUUAUGAAAUUUCUACUAAGCGAUUCUUCCAAUAAUUUGAACCUCUUUCGACCACUACCUCUUCGAAUGAAACAAUUAAUCUAUUCCAAUCUACUAGAGUUUGCAACGCAUGACGAUGAGACGCGGUCAAGCUUUAUUCGACACUUAAUUUCUGUGACAGAAUCGUCUAUGGAUGAGGAUGAUGAUUUCUCUCGAAGGAAACGACUUUAUUUUGUGAAAUAUUUAUGUAGACUUUACGUAAACAAAAACAACAAGCACACAGAAUUGGUGUUGGACAUGCGAAAAAUUGAACAAGCCCUUCUGCAUUAUUGUUUUUGUGAGGAUAUGAACAGCAGUGAAGUUUAUUUUACGAACAACACUCAAGAUUUUACGGUCAUGAAAGUCUUGUACAACGUAUUCAUGAGCAUUGACAAAACAGCGCUGCACCAUGUUCGAGUCUUGAAAGAAUUUGUUUUCGCAGAUUUGCAACAGUCGUCGAGUGAUAACCAAUACUCAAUAUGGAAUUUGAUUCAACAGAGUUUGCAGGAGGUAUUUGAUGUGUUCGAACAAGCAUGUUCGGUACAAAUUUCACAACUGGAGUCUCAAUUCGAGUAUUGCAUCAAAUAUGCUUGCCAGAGAAUUAUUGAACUCGUCAUGGGAAGGAAUGUGCGAUGUUUUAGAUUCAUUGAUGAAUGGUUUGCCUUACUGCUAUCAUGUUAUGAGGCCAUUCAAAAAGAAAAUGAGUUCUUUGCACAUGUUGAAACUUGCAAUGACCAAAGGUUGAAAUGUUCAAAUUGGUUGGGAAUGAUCGAACAUGUUUUUCAAAGAAUUGCUCAAACUUGA